AUGGAAACAGCCGAGCCUGUGUCCUAUGAAUUCCCCGGUCAUACAAUCGGCGCUGUUGCGCCGCGUCGGAUGAUGACCUCCAAUCUUGGUCAUAACUUUCCCUUCUAUGCAACCCCAGCAGCGUCAUUCCCACUGCCAUUUCACCAGUCAUCCUCGACCGCUUAUGGAUUUGGCCAUGCACUCAAUCAUCACCACCAUAACCACCAUCAACCCAGCUAUCCUCAGUUCUUCGUGGCCAGCCACGAAUCGAUCAACUCUCAGCCCAUGCGGUUAUCGUCAGAGCCACCACCUGUCCAGUCAAUCCCUGAUAUUCGUCCUGCGAAAAAUGCGGUCAAUCGCGUAUCUAGAGAUCCGUUGGUCAAAAAUGAUCCCAGCUCAAACACACAACAGACUCCCAUGGCCCGCUCGUCGACCCACGGAGCAGCUGCCCAAAGCAAGAGCCCUAGCGUCAGCGAGAUCGAGUUCACCACCGAGGUCGAUAUACUGAUGAAAGCAAUCCAGUCCAGAAAUAGUGUCCAGCCGCCGAACACGCAGUCAUUGCCGCCUUUACAGCAAUUAACACACAGGGGAUGCCAUGGUUAUCCGCAGACCUUUUCUCUUCAUCCGUCUGGCAAUACCCGGUGCAAUAUGAUGGCUGAAGAAGUGCAGUCUCGGUCAGGGAAGAAGCGCAAAUAUGUCUGUACCCUUCCACACUGUGGAAAGAGCUUUGCUCAAAAGACUCAUUUGGAUAUUCAUACUCGGGCUCACACCGGAGACAAGCCUUUUAUCUGCAAGGAACCUUCUUGUGGACAACGUUUCUCACAGCUAGGCAAUCUGAAGAGGGAGAAGACAGAUUCUAACCCAGGUGCUCACAAACAGACCCAUCAGCGACGUCAUACUGGCGAGAAACCUUUCUCUUGCGAUAUAUGUCAGAAGAGGUUUGCCCAGCGCGGCAAUGUCCGUGCCCAUAAAAUCACACACCAGCAUGCCAAGCCAUUCACCUGUCUGUUGGACGACUGCGGGAAACAAUUUACUCAGCUGGGCAAUCUCAAGUCUCACCAGAAUAAGUUUCACGCAACAACAUUGCGGGAUUUGACAUUGAAAUUCUCCCAAGUAACAAUAGGUGACCCCAUGAGCCCGCAAGAUAGAAAGUUGUGGGAAUACUUUGCCACUCUUUACAAGAAUAGCAACAAGGGAAUAAAGGGUCGUGGAAAGGAUCGUAGGAUCUCCCCUACCUCUAGGUCAGGACCUGGGAAACGACACCAGACCCUAGGCAACAAUGACGACAAGCUGCAACGCCCUAUUUAUGAGGAAUCAUCGGUCUACACCGGGGGUUCAAGUAGUGACGAGGAGGAUGCGGAGGCCUAUUAUAUUGAUAGACAAAAUCAUUGA